AUGGAUCUCCACCAGGAGCUGCUGGACAUGAUCCGGCACUUCGUCGAGGAGCAGUUCGAGCCUGGGGCGCAACUCUCGCGAGUAGAGCCCCUGGUGCGCUGGUUCGGGUUCGACGAGGGGCUCAGGGACGCGGUGGUGCCCGGCUGCGGCAGGCGAGUGCUCGUGCGACCACUGGAGGGCCUGAUUCCAGAGCGGCCCUUCCACGACCCAGCCGACCACCCGUGGUGCGGCGGCUUGGCAAGGCAUGCCGGCACGUUCAUGCGCGAGGUAUCGCCGUACCUUGGCCGAGCAGACGCGUGGGGCUCCGCGCCCCAGGGCACAUGGGGCAGCAUGGACGCUCCAGAGUGGCGUGCGUUGGGUCUCGUACAGAAUGGCAUAUGGGUCGCAGAGGACGGGCAGUUCCCCGCGUCGCGUGCGGCCCUGUCGUCCCUGGGCGGCUUCCGUCCAGAUGAGGUGUUCUUCGCGCUGAUGCCAGCUGGCUCCAAGAUCGGGCGCCACAGCGACAAGGUAAAUUCGGUGGCUCGCGCCGCGCUCCGCACCCCGCUCUCCUGCGGCGCUCCCUCCCAGGCGGCGCGCAAGGCCGGCCUGUGCACGCUGCGAGUGGGCGAUUGGGAGAGGCAGUGGAAGGAGGGCGAAGUGCUCGUCUUCGACCACACUUUCGUGCACUCCGCCGCCAACGACUCCGACAGGCAGCGCGUGGUGCUCGUCUGCAGGUUCUGGCACCCGGGCUGCUCCGAGGUGGAGCGAUACGCUCUGCAGCUGCUGCAGCUGCUCACUGCAGGCAUGCAGGAGCACGCUCCAGACGACGGCCCCGACGAGCCUGAUCUGUCUGCAGGCGACCGAGUCGAGGUCCACAGCUUGCUGGGCGCCGUGCACCUCAACGGGCGUCGCGGGUGCAUCAUAAAGUUCGUGCCAGAGACGUCCCGCUUUGCAGUCCGACUAGACGGCGAUGCUGACGCUAAGGCAGCAAUGGACGUGGGCAGGCUAUGA